AUGGUUCAAAACCUUGUUAUCAAUCUUUUGUUCAACAGCCCCGAAAUUCGGAUCAUGGGCCCUGUGAAGGAACAAACAAUUGACAAAUUAAAUGAGGUAAUUCCUAAUGCAACUUCGACCGCGCGAAGUACCCGAGUUGCUCCUUCGAGAUUUCAGUAUAUCUCGAAUCCAAAUCAUUGGUACAUGAAGUUGGAUGGCCAAUUUUGCGAUGAAGAUGGAAUUUCCUAUCUGAUGGUUCUUCUUUUGGAUGCUCUUGAGGAGGAGGGUCUUUGGAAACUGGUUUCAUCAACUGCAUUGCGAACUCCCGUUGGACAAUCUUCGAAGGAUUAUACGGAAACACAUGUCUUGUUUAUGAAUAAGCUUGUUGGCGAUGAGAUUUAA